CUGAUCAAUAGCUCAAAGGUUGCACUGAGUAAACUGUCAGUGCUGUAGUGCUCUGUGGUACACUGACCUGUUCGGCUCUGUUACAUUUUAUGCCUUACUGCUGAUCAGCUUCAUCUGAAAAUCUGCUCUCUUGGAAAGGAUUAAAGAUCGUAACAGAUGAGAAUGAAGUGGGUGGUGUUUGUAGGCGUUUGCUGGAUCUUUUCCACCUCCAUUGCAGCCAUUGACAUCUGCAGCCUUAAGCCCAAAGAUCUGCCCCUUGAACCAGCAUGUAUAUACCGCAACCCAAACGUCCUGGAUGAGGAAGAUGCAGCAAUUGAGGCACCCGAGACGAUCCCUGGGUCCACAAACCCUCGCGUGUGGGAGCUGUCCAAAGCCAACGGGCGCUUUGCACUUUCUCUCUUCAAGCAGCUCUCCAAAGGCAAGCCUGAGGAUGCAAAUAUCUUCAUGUCCCCACUCAGCAUCUCGACAGCCUUUGCUAUGACAAAACUGGGAGCUUGCAACAGUACGCUGGAGCAGAUUAUGCAAGUGUUCGAGUUUGACACAAUAAAGGAGAAGACAUCGGAUCAGGUUCACUUUUUCUUUGCCAAGCUGAACUGCCGCCUGUAUCGCAAAACACACAAUUCCGUGGAACUGGUCUCGGCCAAUCGUCUGUUUGGAGAGAAAACGUUCGAUUUCAACGAGAACUAUCAAAACAUCAGUGAGAUGGUCUAUGGGGCCAAGCUGCUGCCGCUCAAUUUUAAGGAGAAACCCGAACUUUCAAGGGAGAGGAUCAACGAGUGGAUUUCUGAGAAGACAAACAAAAGAAUAAACAACACUUUGCCUGAGGGCUCAAUAGACGUAAAUACCAUUCUGGUGCUGGUCAAUACCAUCUACUUUAAGGGCCAAUGGAAGCACAAGUUUAACAGACAUAAUAGCAUGGAGUCCAAAUUCCACGUCAGCAAGACCCACAGCUGCCCGGUGCAGAUGAUGUACCAGGAAAACUCGUAUCACUAUGGAUACUUCCCAGAGGACAAGGUAAAGGUGCUCGAGAUGUUCUACAACGGAGAAGGCAUUUCAAUGAUGAUUGUAUUACCGGACAAAGACACAAAGCUGGCCGAGGUGGAGGAAAACUUAACCCUUAAGAAACUCAGUGGCUGGUUGAGCAACAUGAAAAAUAAACCAGUGGCAGUGCAAUUCCCGCGCUUCCGCAUAGAGGACAACUUUAGCCUGAAAGAGAAGCUUCAGGCUAUGGGACUCAAUGAUAUCUUCAGCACAGAGCAUGCCAGUCUACCAGGUAUGGUAGCAAACAAUCAAAAUGAGCUUUACGUCAGUGAUGCCUUCCAUAAAGCUUUCCUUGAAGUGAAUGAAGAAGGCAGCGAGGCUGCAGCGGCUUCUACUAUCCUGUUCGCUGGUCGCUCCCUCAACCUGAACCGUGAGGUGUUUGUUGCUGAUCGGCCUUUCCUGCUCUUUAUCCGGGAAACCACCAUCAACACGCUGAUCUUUGCAGGUCGUGUGGCAGAUCCCUGUUCGGACAAAUAAGGAGAUCCAGAUUCACUCCUUUACUCAUGUCGAGGAAAAGAGAGAGGAAGAUAAUGAUGAAGAGUUUUAUGACUGUGUUGUUAUUCUCAUCCAUCAGGUGGCAUGAUGGUGUUCCAAGUCGUUGUUAAUUAUAAAUAAACAAAAUAAAAUAA